UAUAAUUCUAUCUUUUUGUGUCAUCUGUGCCGAAAGGGUCAAUCAAAUAAAUACAUUAAACACUAAGUUUAAACGAAUUAAGUAUUAUCUUUCAAAAUGGACAGUAUAAUUGGGCGCAGUCAGUUUGUCUCAGAAACCGCCAAUCUAUUCACAGAUGAAAAAACAGCCAACGCACGAGCCAAGGUGGUUGAGUGGUGCAACGAGUUGUCUGCGGCUCCUGCCACAACAAAAUGCGAGCUACUGGUGAAAGUGCAGGAAACCGUUUUAAGCUCCUGCGUGGAACUAGCCGAAGAGUUCCUGGAGCCAGUUCUGUCGUUGGCACAUGAUCAGAACAUGGACGUGAGAAAGCAAGUGGUUUGCUUUGUGGAGCAAGUUUGCAAGGUGAAAGUGGAGCUGCUUCCAUACGUGAUCAAUAUAAUCUCCAUGCUGCUGAGAGACAAUUCCGCGCAAGUCAUCAAACGUGUGAUCCAGGCCUGUGGUAGCAUAUACAAAAAUGGCCUGCAGUACUUAUGCAGUCUCACAGAUCCCAGUGACAGCGCCGAGCAGGCAUGGAAUAUCCUUAGCUUGAUCAAGGCUCAGAUUUUGGACCUGAUUGACAACGAAAACGAUGGCAUACGUACCAAUGCUAUUAAGUUCCUAGAGGGCAUUAUAGUCCUGCAGAGCUAUGCCGACGAGGACAGCCUCAAGCGGGAAGGCGACUUCUCCCUAGUAGACGUUCCCGAAAAUUGCAAGCUCAUCCGCGCUCAAAAAUUGCAGGAGGAGGGUACCAACAUAUUCGACAUCAUGCUGCAGUUCCACGGCACAACGCACAUAUCUUCUGUGAACCUGAUUGCCUGUACCAGCAGCCUGUGUACAGUGGCCAAAAUGCGACCCGUUUUCAUGGGAGCUGUGGUGGAGGCCUUCAAGCAGCUCAAUGCAAAUCUUCCGCCCACACUCACCGACUCCCAGGUGAGCUCAGUCCGCAAAAGCCUCAAGAUGCAGCUACAGACGCUGCUGAAGAACAAAGGAGCCUAUGAGUUCUCUGCCACGAUACGAGGCAUGCUUAUGGACUUGGGUUCCACGUCCAAUGAGAUACAGAAACUAAUACCCAAGAUGGAUAAGCAGGAAACGGCUCGACGACAAAAGCGCAUUUUAGAAAACGCGGCCCAGAGUCUGGCGAAAAAAGCGCGGAUCGCCAGCGAGCAGCGUGAGCAGGAGACGCGGGAACUGGAACUCGACGAGGAAGAGCUAGAGCGCCAGCGACAGAAGUCCACCAGGGUCAACGAAAAAUUCCUGGCCGAACAUUUCCGCGCUCCAGAGGUGGUGGUCAGCUUGGUGGUGGAGUUUCUGCCUGGACUGCCAGUGGAGGUCCCUCAAAAGUUUCUCACCGAGUAUACGCCCAUCAAACAAAUGUCUCUGCAGCAGCAGGUCAGCAACAUAUCGCGGAUCUUUGGUGAGCAGCUUACAGAAAAUCGCCUGGGUCCAGGCGCUGCUACCUUCAGCAAGGAGCCACCCAUGAGAGCCAAGAAGAGUCGAGAAGUAUCUACUACCUCUGAAGCUCCUCAGGUCACACCAAUGGACGUGGAUGAAGAAUCGGAUCGCAAGUUGAGCGAGGAAGAGCUGCAGCGCAAGGAAGAGGCCACGAAGAAGUUGCGCGAGACCAUGGAAAGGGCUAAGGGCGAACAGACUGUCAUUGAGCGGAUGAAAGAGCGCGCCAAGACGCUGAAGCUGCAGGAGAUUACCAAACCCCUUCCCCGCAACGUAAAGGAAAAGUUCCUGGUGGAUGCAGUCAAGCGAAUACUGAACUCGGAACGGCAGUGCGUCAAGGGGGGAGUGUCUUCCAAGCGCCGCAAGCUGGUAACUGUCAUAGCGGCCACAUUUCCAGAUAAUGUGCGCUACGGAAUCAUGGAGUUUAUUCUAGAGGACGUCAAACAGCGCAUAGAUCUUGCCUUCUCCUGGCUCUUCGAGGAGUACUCCCUGCUGCAGGGUUUUACCAGGCACACCUAUGUCAAGAGAGAGAAUCGCCCAGAUCAUGCCUACAAUGAGCUGUUAAAUCAGCUCAUUUUCGGAAUUGGCGAGCGCUGUGAGCAUAAGGAGAAGAUAAUUCUCCUCCGCCGUGUGUAUCUGGAGGCGCCAAUCUUACCAGAAGAUGUCGUGGGGGACCUGGUCCAGCUAAGUCUGGUCGAUGAGUUUUCACAGCAUGGUCUGGAUCUGAUCAAAGAUCUGGCCGUACUAAGGCCUCCGCGAAAAAACCGCUUUAUACGAAUUCUACUCAAUUUUUCUGUACACGAACGUGCUGAUCUGCGAGACCGUUCUCUGAGCCACUUGGUCGACCUAUACCAUGUGCACAAGAUUCUGCCAGCACGGAUCGAUGAGUUUGCUCUAGAAUGGCUACAAUUUCUUGAGCAGGAGAGGCCCCCGUCCUCUAUUUUCUCACAGGACUUUGGCAGGCCCACCGCCGAGACAGACUGGCGCGAGGACACCACCAAGGUGUGUCUGGGCCUGGCUCUCACGCUGUUGCCCUACAAACCGGAAGUUUACGUUGAGAAAGUAUGCCAAGUUUUUGUGACCACUUCCGCGGAGCUGAAACGCACGAUCUUGCGCAGUCUGGACAUUCCCGUAAAGAAGCUUGGUGUGGAGAAUCCUACCCUUCUACAGUUAAUAGAGGACUGCCCAAAGGGAAUGGAAACCCUUGUGAUCCGCAUCAUCUAUAUACUAACAGAGCGGGUGCCGACACCACCUGUGGAUCUGGUGCGACGAGUGCGGGACCUUUACCAGAAAAGGUUGCAGGAUGUGCGUGUUAUGAUACCCGUGCUGAGUGGUUUGUCCCGCUCCGAACUGAUCAGCGUGUUGCCCAAACUGAUUAAAUUGAAUCCUGCCGUUGUCAAGGAGGUGUUCAAUCGGCUGCUCGGCAUUGGGGCCGAGUUUGCCCAUCAGACGAUGGCUCUGUCGCCCACUGAUCUCCUGGUGGCCCUUCACACCAUCGAUACGAAUGUUUGUGAUCUAAAGUCCAUAGUAAAGGCUACGUCACUAUGUCUGGGCGAGCGAGAGUUGUACACGCAGGAGGUACUCAUGGCCGUCCUUCAGCAACUAGUGGAAGUUGUUCCAUUGCCAACCCUGAUGAUGCGAACAACGAUCCAGAGUCUAACGCUCUAUCCGCGACUAUCUAACUUUUUGCUGAAUCUGCUGCAGAGGUUAAUAAUGAAGCAGGUUUGGCGACAGAAGGUCAUCUGGGAGGGGUUCCUCAAGACGGUGCAGCGCCUUAAGCCACAGUCGCUGCCGAUUCUAUUAAACCUUCCGCCAGCGCAACUUCAGGACGCGCUCCAGCAGUGCCCAGACCUGCGACCUGCUUUGCUAGAGUAUGCAGAGAGCGUGCAGGAUGAACCGAUGAAUGGUAGUGGGAUUACACAGCAGAUCAUGGACAUCAUCUCAGGAAAGGCGGUAGAUGUCUUCAUCACGGACGAAAGUGGCGGCUACAUGUCUGCGGAUCAGAUUAAAAAAGAGGUGCAGGACCCCUCAGACAUCUGCGUGAUUUCCACAGUGCCCGUGCUGACGUCUCUGACGCCCUUGCCCGUUCCCGCACCAGUCUCUAGCGAUCUUAACCAGCCCUUGCCACCUGGGGAGGAAUAGGGUGUAUCACGAGGCGAAAUAUUAAUUGUUUUGUUUGGAUACAGAUUAGAUUUUUAACUUUAAUGAAUAAGAAAAAUAUUAGACUGUUA